UUUCAUCAAUAAAUACCCUUCUUAGUUAGCGUGUGUUGUUCACAUCCUCCAUUAGAUAUCUCUUCCUCAAGCACACGUUCACCCUUUUUAUCAUGGCAUUAGAUCACUCAUCCCUCAACCAACCCAAAUUUGUCCAUCCAAACAAUGACCUUGAGCAACAAGAAGCCCUAGAGGUUGAAACGAAGGACUUUGACUACUCAAAGCGAUCUCAAUGGCUACGUGCUGCUGUUUUAGGAGCCAAUGAUGGGUUGGUCUCAACAGCAUCACUAAUGAUGGGUGUGGGAGCAGUGAAGCAAGACAUCAAAGUUAUGAUCCUAACAGGGUUUGCAGGGCUAGUUGCUGGGGCAUGCAGCAUGGCCAUAGGUGAGUUUGUGUCGGUGUAUUCGCAAUUGGACAUAGAAGUUGCUCAAAUGAAAAGAGAGAAAGAAAGGGACAGUAUAGAUCAAGAUCAGGAAGAUGAUGAUGGUGAUGAGAAAGAGAAAUUGCCAAACCCUAUGCAUGCUGCAGCAGCAUCAGCUCUUGCAUUUUCAGUUGGUGCAAUGGUGCCUCUCCUUGCAGCCUCUUUCAUAAGGGACUAUAAGGUGAGGCUAGGUGUGGUUUUGGGAGCAGUGAGUUUAGCUCUUGUGGUGUUUGGUUGGUUGGGGGCAGUGUUGGGUAAGGCUCCAACAUUUAGGUCUAUUGUGAGAGUCUUGCUUGGGGGUUGGCUAGCCAUGGCUAUUACUUUUGGGCUAACCAAGUUAAUUGGGUCAAGUGGUCUUUAGCUUGAUCUUGAUCCCUAUGUCAAUUAAGUGUAUUCUAUAUAUGUCCUUUUAUCGUCUUUUCUUUUUUGGAUGUUACCAGCAUUGGAACCCGUUAUGAAUCUUAGGACAAAAAAAGGUUUAUCAUCUCUCUUGCAGGGUCGCCUCAUUUUUGUUUUUCACAAUAAAUGGUGGGGUGAGACGUGGAUAUAAGAAAGUUGGCUUGGUAA